AUGGAGACAGCAGCAUUCGCCAAGCAGCCGCGGACGUGGUGGAAGGAGAGCUCCGUCUACCAGAUCUACCCGGCCUCCUUCCAGGACUCGACCGGGUCCGGAGUCGGCGACCUCCAGGGCAUCGUCUCCCGCGUCGACUACCUCAAGGACCUGGGCGUCGACAUUGUCUGGCUCUCGCCCAUCUUCGAGAGCCCUCAGAUUGACAUGGGCUAUGACAUCAGCGACUACAAGACCAUCGACCCUCGCUACGGCGACCUCGCCGACGUGGACAGGCUGCGGGACGAGCUCCACCGCCGCGGCAUGAAGCUGGUGCUCGACCUCGUCAUGAACCACACCAGCGACCAGCACCAGUGGUUCCGCGAGUCGAGAAAGUCCAAGCACGACAACCCCUUCCGCGACUGGUACAUCUGGAGGCCGCCCCGGUUCGACGCCGCCGGCAACCGCCAGCCCCCCAACAACUGGGAGAGCCAUUUCCAGGGCAGCGCGUGGGAGUGGGACGAGACCACCGGCGAGUACUACCUGCACCUCUUCUGCAAGGAGCAGCCCGACCUCAACUGGGAGAACGCCGCCGUCCGCGCCGCCGCCCACGAUGUCAUGCGCUUCUGGCUCGACCGCGGCGCCGACGGCUUCCGCAUCGACGUCAUCAACUUCAUCAGCAAGGACCAGCGCUUCCCGGACUCGAACCAGCCCGUCCUCGCCGGCCACGAGUUCUACGCCAGCGGGCCCCGGCUGCACGAGUACCUGGCCGAGCUCGGCGCCAUUCUCCGCGAGUACGAUGCCUUUAGCGUCGGCGAGAUGCCCUGCGUCCAUGACGAGGCCGAGCUGAUCAAGGCCGUUGGUGCCGACCGCGGAGAACUGAGCAUGAUAUUCCACUUUGAGCUCAUGGACAUCGACCACGGCCCCAAGGGCAAGUUCUCCCCGCAGGCGUGGCCGCUCAGCAAGCUCAAGACGACGGUCAACAAGUGGCAGCGGCUGAUGCUGGACCGGAACGGCUGGAACGCCCUAUACCUCGAGAACCACGACCAGCCGCGCUCCGUCAGCCGCUUCGUCCACGAUGACGCCGCCCACCGCGCCGCCAGCGCAAAGCUCAUUGCCCUCUUCCUCGGCUUCCAGGCCGGCACCCCCUUUGUCUACCAGGGCCAGGAGCUCGGCAUGACAAACGUGCCCAAGGAUUGGCCGUUUGAGGAGUACAAGGACGUCGAUUGCCUCAAUCACUGGAGUUUGCACAAAGACUCGGCCGACUCAGCCACGCGCGCCGCUCUCAAGGCACAAUACCAGAAAAAGUCGCGCGACAAUGCCCGCACCCCCAUGCAGUGGGACGCAGGACCCCAGGCCGGCUUCACCACCGGCCGCGACCCCUGGAUGCGCGUCAACGACAACUACGUCGACAUCAACGCCGCCACCCAGACAUCGGACCAAGACUCCGUCUACCACACCUGGCGGCGCGUCCUCGAGCAGCGCAAGGCCCUCAAGGACGUCUUCGUCUACGGCGACUUUGCCCUGGUCGACGAGCCCAACGAACGCGUCUUUGCCUACCGGCGCCAGGCCGCCGAUGGUCAGGCCGCCCUGAUUGUGGCAAACUUUUCGGCCGAGAGCCUCUCGUGGCCAUGGCAGGGCAAAGCCCGUCGAGUUCUGGUGAGCCCAGCCGGCAAGACGGUUGAGGAUGUCAACGGUGGCGAGAUUCGCUUGGGGGCCUGCGAGGCCAUUGCCUUACUUCUGUGA